UGGAUACGAUCCGCCAACCCAACCCCAAAGAAGAAGAAGCGUUUCCGGUUGUAUUUGGUUAGCAGGCUGCAGGAGAGAGGAAGUUGAUUUUCAAAAAGUGAUUGAAACGAUUACUGUUAAAUUGGUCUCAAGAGCUUGAGUUGGAACAGAUGUAGAUUUUUCAGCGUGUACUAUAUUUUACCGAUUUUCAUCCACACCUUUCCCAUCACAACAUGAGCAGUACAACACAGAGGAAGAGAAGGACUGGAGCCCCCUCAAGUUCCAGACGCACAGCCAAGAGUAGCAGAGUCACCACCACUGUGCCACUUCGUGCAGCAGCCGCUGCUGAGACCAUUGCUGUGCUGGAGAGCAGUAGGACUAGCAGUGAGGAGGUGGUGGACUUGACAUGUGAAGGUUCUGAGUCAACUGUGGUUGACUUGACCAACAAUGAUUCUGUGGUGGUUGUCGAUGAAGGGCUUCGGGGCAGACGUGGACUUGGCGGUGAGAGUUACGUGCUGAGCAGUGAUGAGGAGGGGGAUGCCAAUGGGAGCCUCAGUGCUGACCUCCUAUCUUCUCUACAGGCCAGCAGUAGAGCCAGGUCUACGCCAGGUACAGUCAGCUGCCCAGUGUGUAUGGACUCCUAUGCUGAGAUCAUUGAAAGUGGCAGACUAGUGGUCUCCACAAAAUGUGGUCACCUUUUCUGCAGUCAGUGCCUCCGCGACUCGCUGUCGAGAUCCCACACUUGUCCAACCUGCAGAAAGAAACUGACCCACAAGCAAUACCACCCCAUAUACAUCUGAAGCCAAACACCCAUGACUCAUCCACUGGUUUCACCCUCUCCAAACCUGCGACACUUUGAGUCAUAGCCGACUAUCACUGCUCCCUACUGGACAAGCAUACCUUUUCGUUUACAUACACAUUCAACCGAUGUUUCUUCUGCAAUGACUCACUCUUAUGCCAACAGACAUUUGCCUACAUUUAAAAAAAAAAAAAAAAAAAUGUAUUCCACCUAUUCUCUUACUGCUGGUCAUUCAUUUCAUAGUAAUCAGAUCGUUGUGGAUCUGCAUCACCAGUGACCACAACCAAGAAAAAACUAAGCUCAGAAGCUAUAUUACCUUUGAUCAGAUACUGUUUUAAUGAAAUGCCACAUUUUAGAAUUUUAUUUUCAUUUAGCAACUUGCUCUUAUUUUUAUUUUAAGAUGCCACAUGUUGUGUCGAUGGCAAUAGCACAUGUGAAUGGCACUUUUUUUUUUUUUUUUUUUUUUUAUACCUUUAUUUAACUAGGCAAGUCAGUUAAGAACAAAUUCUUAUUUUCAAUGACGGCCUAGGAACAGUGGGUUAACUGCCUGUUCAGGGGCAGAACGACAGAUUUGUACCUUGUCAGCUCGGGGAUUUGAACUUGCAACCUUCCGGUUACUAGUCCAACGCUCUAACCACUAGGCUACGCUGCCGCCCACUUACGUUUCACUAUGCAGAAAUCCCGCCACCAUUUCCUGGUUGCUAAAACUCUAAUAGUUAGCCUAAUAUCAGUUUAUAUAACAAAAUAAGCUAGUAUAGUGUAGAGAAUCAUUGUACAUCUAAACCAUUGAAAUCUAUUUUCCAUAGCCAAAAAUAUUGUUUCAGCUUUUUUAAGUGUGUGUACAAAACUGAAAGUAAGACUCAAAAACAAAACUUAAGCAUAGAACAGAUAUACCGCUUCUUAGACUUGCUUUAAAGUAGAAUAAUGGAUCUAUAACCCAAAUUUCUGUGCGAAUUUGGUCUGGUUGCCCAAAAAGUUACAUGUUGCCACAGGAGACACAACUCUAGGUCCAGUAGAAACAUCUGAUUAUUGCUGCUGAGUAGGUGGAUGUCUGAAUGGUGGGUGUUGCUUGAAUUUGGUCAUCACCGUUGUUGUAAAUAAUUUUGUGUAUGUGUGGAUAGAGAUAGAUAAAGGAUACGUUAAUUUAAGUUUCAAUAAAAAUGUUGAUUUGAAA